CGUGUAUAUGCCUAUAUGGGACGUUUCGUCCAUCGUCCUCUUCCUCGGUCUCCGCUAGUAGUCUUUGUCCCACUUCUCGAAACCCUCGUCCCCGAACCCUUCCGACGCGCCCCCCGAAACCCUAAUCCUCGGAUCGCCAUGGAUGCCUCCUCCUUCCUACUUCGCGAGAAGCUCGGCUUCGUCGCGAGCUGGGUCGGGGCGAGCGUCUCCUCGGCCUUCUUCGCCUCCCUGGAGCGGUGCUCCUGCAUCAACCUCACCACCUCCGACAACGAGGACGACGAUGUCGACGGGGAGGAGUCCAAGGAUCGCCCACUGAUGCUGACGAAACCCUCUUCCUCCGCCGCCUCCGAUCUCGCCGCGAUCGAUUCCCAAAACCCUAAUCCCCCCGAGAAACUGCCCCCGGUAUGAUCUAAUACUUGCCCGAUCGGCGAUGGAUUCUUCUUGUAAUUGAUCUUAUACGUGUUGGACAUAGUGACGAUGGGAUAUAGAAAUCGAAUUAUCUUUUCUUUCACUUUUUUAUAUAGAUAGUUGAUUUUGUGAACAACAUGCAUUGUAAUAUAGUUUGACGAUUUGUAGACAUAAUAAAAGUGUUAUGUAUGAUUUGAUUGUGGCCAAUUAGUAAUUUUGGACUAUGAGUAUCUUAUUUUGUAA